GGUUCCUCAGCACAUUCCAGCUAAUUCCAUUCACUUCUUUCAAGUCCCGGCGACAAGCAUAAUCAACAUGCGUUUCACAGCAUUUCUCGCGACUAUCAUCGCGUUGUUGACCUUCAGCUUUGCAGCUCCAAUGCCACAGGGAUCUGUUGACAGUAUGUCGACACUGGAAGCGCGUGGCAUUGCUUCUCUGGCGCUCAAAUUCAUCAAGAAGAUAAACCCGGCAAAGCCGCCGAGCCCCAUGAAGCCAAUCUCGCCGGCGAUGAAAGCGGAGCACCAGCGGAUGGAACUGCUUAGGAAACAGCCUUGGUACAAGGAGCCAACCAAUUGAGCUUCAUCGAGGCUUGAAAUGCUGGCUGGGACGAGGGACUGCGUUCGCCAAAAGAGCUCUGGUAGCCAUAAUCGCUGCAGCCUGAACAGGCCAUUGUUCAGAGCAUUCUAGUUUGCAGCAGAGUUAGAGAUGGAUCCGUUAACGGCUUUCUAUUAUACAGUGUCAGUCCAAUAGUGGUCAUUGUAUCGGUGUAGAGAAAGUAGAAUCGCUAGUAUUUUUUCAGAGAUAGGC